GGAAAUGAGAGGCAGCAGUCGAUUUCCAAGACUCCUAGCACGUAGAUGUAGUGUCUCUUUGUCGCGUGGUUGUCCGUGUCGCUCAAAUGUGCCCAUGAAAAACGAUGAGAUAUUGUGCCAAAAGUGUCUCUAGUGCUUUUUCUUGAUAGCAAGGACCCUAUAGUUUCGACUGUCCUCGCCAUGAGUCGUUCGAAGAACUUCAGGAACCCCUUUGCGGGCGUGAGAUACGAACAUCUCGUUGCUGGGGUCUCUGGCGGAGUCGCCUCUACUCUCAUUCUCCAUCCUCUCGAUCUCCUGAAGAUUAGAUUCGCUGUCAGUGAUGGUUCAGCAUCAUCCAAGCCUCAUUACACCGGGUUAACUCAAGCCAUUGCACAGAUUUUCCGCCACGAGGGCAUCCGAGGACUCUACAGAGGGGUUACUCCCAAUGUAUGGGGUGCUGGAUCAGCUUGGGGGCUGUAUUUUUUAUUUUACAAUGCCAUAAAGACGUGGUUCCAAAGUGGCAAUAGUAAGGUAGAUAUUGGCCCAGGGCUUCACAUGGUAGCAGCAGCAGAGGCGGGCGUUCUCACACUAGUCAUGACGAAUCCCAUUUGGGUUGUUAAAACUAGAAUGUGCUUACAGUAUGCAGAAGGUCCUGGCAAAGUGUUGGAAGGGUCUGUUAGAUAUAAUGGGAUGAUGGAUGCCUUUGUUAAAACCUACAAGUACGAAGGUGUUCGUGGUCUUUAUAAGGGUUUUGUUCCUGGCAUCUUUGGAGUGUCACAUGGAGCACUUCAGUUCAUGGCUUAUGAAGAGCUGAAGUCUGCAUACAACAGAUAUCAUAACAUGCCAAUAGAUACUAAGCUGACCACCGUUGAAUACUUGGGAUUUGCUUCCUUGUCAAAGCUAUUUGCAGCUGUUACAACAUACCCUUAUCAAGUACUGCGCGCCCGGAUGCAGGACCAGCACGCACACUACGAUAAUCUGCGUCAUUGUAUUAGAGAAACUUGGAGGCUCAAUGGUAUAUUAGGUUAUUAUAAAGGACUCUUUCCAAAUCUUCUGCGAGUCGUACCGGCAACUGCCAUAACGUUCGUUGUAUAUGAAAACGCUUCUCACUUCUUGCUGUCACUUAGGAAGCCAGAGGAACCACCACAAGAGAGCUAACAUUAAGAAGGGUUAGCUGUUUUCAUGUUUAUGAUGUAGUUCUGGGUGAUUUUAAAUCAGGAACUGUUGCAAUAGCCAUCUCAAGUGAAUGAAAUCUAGUGGUAACAAUGAUGGCUGACAGGUUGUAGUUUUUUCCGGAGAGGAAAUAUUCGCAUCUAAGUAGUUGCUUCAUGUCUAAACCAUUAAAUGUGAUUACAUCUUGGACGCUACCGAUUUGCAUGCAAAUAGAAACCCAUGCUUUGCAGUAAUCUCUGACUGACCGUAAUAAUUGUAUAUGCCACUUGAGCAUUGAGCUGGCUUAGUGAUGUUAUGCACUUGGUAACAGACGACAUCAUGUUGUAAGAAUGGUUGAUGGGUGUAGAGCUUACACUACUUUUUUUUUUUAAUGCAGGUUAACUUUAGGAUAACAUCCAUGUUAUUUUUCUGUACUUUUCUUUUUCCAUGUUAAAUACAUAUCAUGUCCUUUUGAUUAUUGUUGAAAAGAAGCUUGUACACUGUCAUUUUUUUUUCUCUAGAUAAUUACUAUUCAAAAAAACUCUCACAUGAGUCCUUCAUAUUCAUCUUGUAACAUUCCUUUUUUGUAGCAUAUUAUUUGUGUUCAGCUUGCCAUCCUAAGUUCUUUUUGCUCUGAAGGUCAUAGAACAAAAAAUUUCUUCUUGGUUUUGGACAUGAUAGAGAACACCUGGCUGCUGACUUUUGUUUUUACUUUACUGAUGAAAUGUUCUCAAGUUUAGUUCAUCUUUGUAAUGCUAAAUUAUUGAAGCUCUGUGCCUACUUUAUGUAUCUAUUCACUCUUAAGUACUGUAUUGGCAUUAUAGAACACCAGCUGGUAUAGGAGGUGUAUGCAAGUAAAUGAUAUGAAGUUAUGAAAAAUGAAGGGUUUCUUUAUGAAAUUAAGUUUUUCAUCAUGUACUUAGCUGAUUUUAAGCUUCAACAUUUACCUCAUGCGUAUUUAUUACGUAGAUGAUGCAACUACAAAUCUAUUUUUCCAUAUGCCUAAUUAUUUGGCCAUAAGUUGUAGUGGUAGUUCUAGUACUGACAUUGCUCAAUUGGUGAAGCUGCUCAAUAGAUGUUAGUAGAACUGUUUGGUGCCAGAUGAUCUUGUUCGCCCACUAGCAUCUAAGUCAGCUGUCAUUGUAUCUUUAGAUUUUGAACUUUAUGUUACUUGAUAUUGGUGGAAUUUUAUUUUUGGCAACUUCCUUGUUAAUGGCAGCUUAUUUGCUUCCUUCCAGUUCAUCUUUUCAAAGAAAAUGAAUUUUAGAAUAAUUAUUCCUCAUGAAGCAUUUAACAAUUUAUUUUUUGCUUUUAGUCCUUAUUAAUUCUUAAUUUAAGUGGUCUCCAAAGAGAAUCAAUGUACCUUUAGUUACAGCACCCAGAAUAUAUGCCCCAUAACUUGAAAAUGGAAAGCGAUUGAGCAGUAUCAUGGAAUCAUUUCCCUAAAGAGCAGCUGAUGAAGGAAUAUAGACAUGUGUGUGUAUCUUUUUAGAGGACAUGCAUUUUUGUCAGAAUCAUGUCAACAAUUCCAUCCAACACUGAUUUUCACAUUCAGUUUUCUGUGUCUUAUGCUCCUUUGAGUAAGAAUGCUAUUAUGAUAUACAUAUAAUGAUAUCUCUGGCCAUCCAACUUGAUUAGAAUAAUGUACAUGGCAUUGGAUGGUUUCAAGUGUGUUAUGGAUGAUGUCUUAUGAACACUAUACGUACUUAUUAUGCUUUCAGUAUUUGUAUGUAUCUUGGUAAUUGGUAAGCUUAACUGAAAGCGUAGGAUAGGUCAUUCUUGAAUGACAUGUGACUCACUGUAUUUGAGACUGAUAGAAAUUACAUGUACUCCAGGAUGAUGGUUUGUAUUUUGAGAUUAAAAGUUUGUUGGUUUAUCUGAAGAUUAUAUUUCCAGUUAAUGUGACCUGGUAUGGAUUUUUGGUGGUACUGCUUCACUGCAAUAAUAAGAAGAGAGUAAUUAACCAAUUGUUCAGUUUUCUUCCAGAAACCCUUAGACAGCAGUAAACAAAAAAGGCAUGUUGUUAAAAAAAGAGUCCUAGUAUAAAUCCUUUUCAAUUACAAAUACUUGGAACUGUAGGAAGAUCUUUCAGUAGUUGAAAUUGAGGGGAAAACCAGUGCUGUUAGAGGACUUUCUUGAUAAGGCUCAGGCAUGGAAGAAAUCUUGUGCAGGUCUUGAUGUACGCCUUUAUCUGGCAGGGACUUGAGACAGGAGCACAAGAACUGGUGUCCUCUGAAUCCAUCCACCAACAAGAAAGUCAAUAGCAAGUGUGCAUGGAAGGGAAGUUUGCUUUACAGAAAUUCUAGGUUGUGGAUCAGAAGACUUUCUCAUAAUGAGUAUCAUUUACCUGCAUGAAGCCUACCUUUUCAUCUUGAUAAUAUGUUCUUGAAGGAAGGGAACCUUGCUGCUGGCAUCUGCAGAAGUUUUGUAUCUUCACGUGACAGAACCUUUGAUUGCCUGCCUUUUGCCUUGUCUUAAGUGUAUUCAUCUUCAGACCUGUUGCCUAAAGAAGUUAUUAGGAGGUUUCAUGCAUUCCUUUUUCUCUUCCUUCCAUGAACUCAGAUAGUGAAUGAACCUGAAAAGUCAAAACCAAAACUGCUUUCUUUCUUCCUUGAGCACUUGUAAAAGAUUGAUUUUCUCGUUUUCAUGGUCCAAUAGUUCACAAAAAUGAACUUAAUUUCAAGAUGCUAAUGUGCCUCUCAUUGGUCUCUUAUUCAUUCUUACAUCCCUCCUCCAAUUUUCAGAAAGGGUUCCAGUUCAGUUCUUGAAUCCAUGUUUUUCUUGGAGCCUUAAAUUCCUUGAUUCAUCUGUGCCUAAGCUCCCAUGGUAUUUCAGGUCCUCAUUAUACCAGAAUGUUGGCAACUCCAUGCACCUCCCACUCAUGUUGCUAUUGAGGCUCUGGUAGACUAAUAGGUUUAUGAUGAAACAAGAAAAUAAUUAUUUACAAUACUUUAAUGAAACUACUCUUCUCCUGAUCCUAUUCCUCUGAUGCUGCUGGACCAGACCUUACAAUAAAUGAUUUGGACAACUACAACUACCUGAUAUCGAGAGGACCAUAAGCAAAUGGUUUUAUAUGUGUGGGAUGAGCAUGAUGUUUGAAUAAGUUGUCGCUAAAGAAAUGAGGUUCUAUUAACAAAAAUCAUAUUGAAUUGUAAACAUUUUGUGCAUAUUGAUGUUUUGAUCACAGGAACCUACACCUAGCUUUGAUUAACCUGACAUUUGGUAAUGCCACAUUACACCCAAGCCAGAAACAAUAGGCUUUGAGUUGAACUAUCUGUUUUAAAGUGAAUGUAAAUAGUUGGAAAUCUGGUGAAACCACCUGUCUUAUCUGUGAAAAUGUUAUGUACUUAUCAAUCUGGUGAUUAGCAGAUGAGGGAGAUAUUAUUUUUAUUGAUCUUUAAUUUUUAUCCAAUGUCGCAGCUGUUAAAAUUUGUCAAUGUGUGUGUGUGUGCAUGUGUUGGAGUGGAAUUUUAUAUCUGUUGGUGAAUUUUUUUGCACUAGUAAUUAUUAUGCAGAAAUAAUAAUGUCUUGUACAAUUCAUAUGCAAAAAGAGAAAAUGAGAAAACUGCUACCUAAUUUAUCAUUGAUGAUUCAUCAAGCAUUAGUAGGGCAAUAAUAUUUGCGUGUUAUCAUGUGUUGCAUUUAUUUUCUGCUUAUAGUUAUAUGUAUAGGUAUUUAUAAAUUUAUUUAGAAGCUUGUUGAAGUACCUGUUUUUUCUUUUUGUAUUAUGUAUACGUACGUACUUUGUUUGGUUUUCCAAAGCAAGAGAAACAGCAGUAUGUAGUUAAAGACCAUUUAAUUUAAGUAAAGAUAAUUUUAUCAAAGACAACUCCCAAGGCUUAUGCUCUUGGAGAGUCCAGGCUCAAUAUGAUGAUACCCAGUUAUGUAAACUGGAUUAUUAUUAUUAUUAAUUAUUGAAGAGGACCCCUAUUCACAUGGAACAAGCCCACAGGGGCCAGUGAUAUGAAAUUCAAGUUUCUAAAGAAUACGGUGUUCAGUUGAAAGAUGAGUGAUACCCAGUCUUGCAAUGAGUUAGCAGGAUCCAUGCCCUGUGGAAAGACAGUUCAAGGACUUAGUUAUCUUUUAUUUAUGUACUAUGUAACUGUCGUCAUGUUUUUAAGGUUAUGUAUUUUAAAUCUCCAUUUAGUGCUGCGAUUAUCUUCUCUUAACUUUUCCAUUUGUUUGUGUAAAGGAACUAUGCUUUCAUAAGUCCCGUUAUUGAUAUUUUCAUAUGAAGUGACCGAGAUAAAGGUUGUCCAAAUUGAGUUUAGUCAGCAAAAGAAAGUAAUGUGAAAGAGACCAGUCCUAUGAUUCAAGAAACGUAGAGGAAGGUAGGGAAUUCAGCGACCUUGAAGUCAAUGAUAAGAAUGAAUUGUUAGAACAGCUAACCUCUUAAGUUUGUUGAUUACCACACAGUACAUGAAGGAUAGCAAGGCUCAAAAUAUUCAGUGGUUGACACUGUGGAAGUAACAGUCAUGAAGUUCUUCAGAGCCAUCCCUGAACUAGUAAUGUAUAUAAAGUAAUUUUCUUCACUUAUAAAGAGUCAGUGUGAUCUGUUAGGUAAUGAGGUAGUAUUCUUCCAAGGAUUUGCAUUCAAGUAUAAUUAGAUGGUCUACCUAAACUACCUAAUACAGUAUUAAACUAAUUAGUAAUAACAGAGUUGAAUUUAGGUGAUAGUCACAUGGGGGUAUAAAUUUUCAAGGUUUUUAUUUACAAAAUAUUUAUGACUAGAUAAAUACUACGUACUUGAGUUUAAACCGUGCAAUGACUUGCUUGUAAAUCUUCCUGCUGUCCACUCAGUGAUUUAAACAACCAGAAGUAGAGCAGGUGAUAGACUGCUAAGCAGUCAGCAGCGUCACCAUUGAGCAAUAUGAGCUACAUAGAGCUGAAGAUUUGCUUUCACAGAAUAAUGAAAUCAUUUAAAUAAUUAAAUUAUUUAAAGAGUUUUAAGUAAUCUUGUCUUCAGCUAGUCAAUGUUUUGAUUGUGUAUACUGUUGUAUAUUUCUCUUUGUACAGUAUAUGUAAUAAAUGUGUUCAUUGUU